CUCGCGUCACACAAAGCUCCGAAAGGAGGAGACGAGGUAGCCAAGUCCAAAACUCUUCAACAAGACCGGACAGUUUGAACCCUGACAACAGAUUCACUCUCCAGACAUGGAUGGUGGAUCAGAGUCGCUGACCAGCGAAAAACUGACUUCCAUUGAGGAUGAAGAAGUUCUCAACAAGAUGCUGGACGAUGCAGCUGAUUUUGAAGAGAGGCGGCUGAUUCGCGCUGCAUUGAGGGACCUGCUGAAGAAAAAGAGGGAUAAACGAGAGCAGGAGCGAGGUCAGAGGCAGCUGGACCUGAGACAGCCGGGCCUGAGUAAAGGUGGAACAGUUGGUGUUGGACGAUCCAUGAACCAUCAGUCAGUCGCUAACAAGCCAGCAGGCCAGCCAUCAUCCUCUUCUCCAGGCAACAGAACAGCCGUCAGAGCUGGUCCUGCUGCAGCCUUUCCCCAGAAAUGUUCCUCUGCUGAAGCACCCAACGCUAAAAAUGUCAAACAAAUGCUUCUGGACUGGUGCAGGGCCAAAACAGAACCAUAUGAGGGAGUAGACAUUCAGAACUUCUCCUCCAGUUGGAAAGAUGGCAUCGCCUUCUGCGCCUUGGUGCACAGAUUCUUCCCCGACGCUUUUGAGUAUUCCAUCCUCAAUCCCAACAAGCCCAGAGACAACUUCCAGCUGGCUUUCAGCACGGCAGAGAGGUUGGCAGGCUGCCCCCCUCUGCUGGAUGCUGAUGACUUGGUCCGGAUGAAGGAGCCAGACUGGAAGUGCGUGUACACGUACAUCCAGGAGUUUUACCGCUGCCUGGUGGAGAAAGGUCUCGUCAAAACUAAAAAGCGGCCUUAGUCUCAGACAGCAGCUCUCAGGAGUCAUGUGAAAUCAUGAAAUUGAUAAUUUGCUGCCACGAGGUGAGGUAUGAAAGAUGUC